UCGCGCGCAGUAGCCAUAGUAACCGGCCAGAGGGGCGCUUAGCAACACGAGAGGAGGAGGCGCAGCAUCAUCUACCGAGAACGAAGGAAAAACAACCGAUGCAUCGACCUUCAUUUCAUCCACACCUGCUGCUGAUGGAGAAAACUGAAUGUGAUAUCGUUUACAUUUUGUUUUGUAAUUAUUAAACACCCUUAAAGGUACAUUCAGCGCUUUUUAUUGUAAAUCUCAAUUGGCGCGAUGAAGUUCGUCGUGGUUUUGGUGUCCGCCGGCCUCCUGGCUUUUCUUGGCGCGGUCAUCUGCAUCAUCGCCAGCGUGUAUUCGCGAUCAUCCGCCGCUGCGCCCCAGGCGCUCUCCGACAACCGCUCGCUCUCACUGCUGGAGCCGCUGCCGGGAUCCGUGGCGCGCGCCGGCCCGCUCGGAGCUCUCCAUGGUGCUGAAUCCUAUGAAGGAGGCGGAUUGGACAUCGGCCUGGAGAUACCGUCGCUCAAUGAAUUGAGCACUGGGGACGUGACUGGGCCGAGUCCCAAGCAGUUCACCCUCGAUCGACUCAUUUGUACCCCUGUUCCCAUCAGUGAUUGCAAAUCGAGGGAUUUGAGACAACAAGCCGAUGACCCGUUUGCCGACGAGGAGGACUGGAGCCUCCGCACCACUGCUGAGGAGCUCCGACAGAUCGUCAUGCAACAAAACGACCAGAUCCUCAUGGACCAGAGGACCAUCACGGAGCUAACCGGGAAACUCACGGAGUGUGAGAACGGACUGGAGGAGAGGACUCUGCACGAGCGGAGUAUGGGAGUGUGGGCGAGCAACCGGCGCCACAUGGCCGGGGAUGAUGUGAGCAGCUCGGUUGCAGUGCAGCUGCAGACGGCGCGGGCUGUGGAGGAACUGGAGAGAGCGAUUCUUCAACUUAAAGAUCGCAUAGAGAAGUUGGAGUUGGAAAUCGGCCCUGCAGCGUUGAACCACACUGAGCACACUGUGAGCACAUUGGGGAGCGUAGUGGUGGGCGAGCCUGGCAGGCCUGUGGAGGAUCUGGAGGGAGAGCUGGAAAAGAAGAUUAGACUGCUGGAGAAGGAGAGGAAGAACCUGCGCAAAGAGACCCAGAGCCACCACCAGCACAUCGACCAGGGACUCAACACCCUGCAAGAGCGUAUUGCAGAGCUGGAACAGAGUCUUACAGAUUACAGUUACCCCCAAGGGUAUAAACUUUCCUUCCCCGUGCGGACUAACUACAUGUAUGGGCUUGUCAGGCGGAAUAUUCCAGAGAUGUACGCCUUCACGGCAUGUCUGUGGCUCAAGCCUGCCGAGAGUGGAAUUGGGACACCAUUUUCCUAUGCUAUACCGGAACAACCCAAUGAAAUUGUCCUGUUGCAGGGAAUUCAUAAUCCUGCAGAACUACUCAUCAAUGAUAAGGUGGCACAGCUGCCUCUAUCUUUGCCGCAGGGCAUCUGGCAGCACAUAUGUGUGAGUUGGACCCUACGGGAUGGAGUUUGGAAAGCAUAUCAAAGCGGAAAGUUGAGAGGACGGGGUGAAGGGUUAUCCGCAUGGCACCCAAUCAAAUCCGGGGGCGUCUUGGUAUUGGGACAGGAACAGGACACCCUUGGUGGGCGGUUUGAUGCAUCCCAGGCUCUUGUUGGGGAGCUUUCAUUAUUUAACCUUUGGGACCGGGUGUUGUCGCCAACAGAAGUGGCCGCUCUGGCGGCUUGCCCAGAAUCGCCGCGGCUGGGGAACGUGGUGCCCUGGACGGACCGAGAUGUGGACGUGUUUGGUGGGGCUGUCAAGGACCAUGUGGACCCCUGUAUUCAGAGCUCCCAUCCCCGGCAAUGAACGGGACCAUACCUUUCUUUUUUAAGGAGGUGGUAAAUAAGAAAAAAAAGGCUUGAAAUGUAUGACAAUUGUGCUGUGGUCCCGGUCUAGUUAAAGAAUGUAUUUACCGUAGAGCUACACUCUCUCUGAGUGUCCGUUUCUGCAGGGAAGGGAUUUGUCUGUGUGUGUGUGAUUGUGUUCGUUCGGAUAGAGCUGCUGCCGAUGGCUUUUAAAGGCCUGUUUGUGUCUCGUGUUGCUUGUGUUAUUUCAUGCCCUUCUUCUUAAAGCAUUACCGCACAGUGGUCCCUUCAUAUUUAGAGAAUGUUUUAAUAAGAUGGAUGUGGCUCAUUAUCACAGCACUUGUCUUGCUCUUGUUUCAUUAUUUGUGUAAAGUGGAGCUUUCGCUUCUUUCCCAGAGCAGCCUUUUGCUUACUUGUUUUUAUUACACUGCUUUUUCAGUCCGGCAGCA